CGCCAUAACUAACUCACAGCUCCAGCCAAUAAAAAACGGUUUUUUUUUUUUUUAUUCGGACAAGGAGAUAUAUUUAUUCUACCAACCAGCACCUAUUCUUGGAGACAAAUUGAAUUCCUAGUUCAAUGUAUUAAAUAUAAUAUGAAUGGAUGGAUGCCUUAAAAAUGGAUGUGAAGAAUAAAUUUGUACUUGGAAUCUUUAGGAUGCCAAUUAACUUCAAAGAGUUAUUUAAUAUCUCAAAUCCCACUUUCGAUCGGCAUAAUUCUGCAACUGCUAACUGAAAGAAAGGAAUUUCUUGUAAUCGAGGCCAACCAAAAAUGCAAGAAAUACUAAACCCAGAUGCACAAUCUUGCGGCUGGCUGACGAUGGUUUUUCGCAGAAGCAACGUAUACCUCUUACCAAGGUAUAUGUUCAUAUAUGUACGUAACGUGCCUAAAACUUCCCCUUACUCAUGGCAUCUUUGAUUUCUCUUAUUGUCUUUUCAUUCUUUACCACCACCUCUUUAGCUUGCACAUUUACCAUCACUAACAAUUGCCCUUACACAAUAUGGCCAGGCACGUUAUCUGGUGCAGGAACACCACCACUUUCUGCAACAGGGUUCCAACUCGAUGCCGGCCAAAGCAUAUCAAUCCCCACUCUACCAGGGUGGUCCGGUAGGAUCUGGGCUAGGACCGGUUGUUCCUUCGAUGCAAUGGGUGUUGGCUCGUGCAUAACCGGAGACUGUGGUGGGAGGCUCGAAUGUGGCGGCACUGGUGCGAAACCACCGGCAUCCCUCUUUGAGAUAACCCUUGGAAUUGGAGACCAGAAAGAUUUCUACGAUGUUAGCAUCGUCGAUGGCUAUAAUCUGCCGCUAGUUGCUGGACCAAGAGGAGUUGUUGGUGGAUGCAAUGCCACUGGCUGUAUAGCAGAUAUUAACAUGGGUUGCCCUAAAGAACUUCAAGUGAUAGGGAGUGAUGAAGGGGAAGGGGGAGUAGUGGCGUGCAAGAGUGCGUGCGAAGCAUUCGGGCUAGACCAAUACUGCUGCAGUGGGGAGUUUGCCAACCCUACGACUUGUAGGCCGUCUUUCUAUUCCGGAAUAUUCAAGAGAGCAUGUCCACGAGCUUAUAGCUAUGCAUUUGACGAUGGAACCAGCACUUUCACAUGCAAGGCCUCCGAUUAUGACAUCAUAUUCUGCCCCAAUAGCGGGAUGAGGAGAAUAGAUGGUGGAUUACAGGCUCCAACAGCCGGAGUAAACCGGAAUGGAAAGACUGCAAGGGCAGUUUCGUCUUCAACCACACUAAUACCCUUCCCAGUAUCGAUAGUUGUUCUCCUCUUUACUCUAUGUUAUUGGCAUACCUGAUACAUCUCACGGCCUUGUUCUUUCCAAGUGGCACGACAGGAGAUCACAGAGCAAUCAACCUAUAAAGGAUGUUCAGUUCCAAGAACAUGUUGAAGAAUAAGAUUUGGACACGAUUGAUUUAACAUACUGUAAAUUUGUAUUCCUGCGAAAGGCGUAAAGAGUACUCGGAGUUUUUUGUUUCGAUAAAAGCUAACUAUUACAAGAAACACAGACUGGGCAACUUUUGUCGA